ACACAUGCACUCACUCUCACUGACAGUUCGUCAAAAGAGCUAAAAUAAGAAUAAAUGGAGAGAAAUGCAGCCGUGAGGAAACCACACACUUCCACCGCCGAUCUGCUGACGUGGAAGGCGUCUCCUCCUUCUGCCACUCCUCCUUCCGCCUCUUCACACCGCCCUCACCAGCCGUCUGAUAAAAUCAGUAAAGUGCUGUUUGGAGGUCAGGUUUCUCAAGAAGAAGCAGAGAGUCUCAUGAAGAAAAAGCCAUGUUCAGGAUAUAAAUUAAAUGAGAUGAGUGGCAGUAGCAUAUUUAAUGGUCAAGAUGGUGAAUCUGAAUCUGGUGGUGCUAAUCCUAAUAACAGAACCACAGUGCGUGUUUAUCAGCAAGCAGUGACUGGAAUGAGCCAAAUAUCAUUUAGUGCUGACGAGAGUAUCUCCCUUAAGAAGCCUACCUCUAUCCCAGAAGUGGCAAAGCAGCGUGAGUUAAGUGGGACAAUGCAAAAUGAUGCGGACAUGAAGAGCAAAAGGCAAAUAUCAAAUGCUAAAUUCAAGGAGAUUAGUGGGCAUGACAUUUUUUCCCCUCCUGAUGAAAUUGUUCCCCGGUCACUGGCUGUUGCACACUCCUUGGAAACUAAAGAAAACAAAGACAUCGGGGAACCUGCACCUCGAAACAUUCACACAUCUAUCAAAGUUUCAAAUCCUGCUGGAGCUCAGAGUAAUAUCCUGUUUGGUGAAGAACCAGUCAUGAAGACAGCAAAGAAAAUACACGACCAGAAGUUUCAUGAGCUGACCGGCAAUGAUAUUUUCAAGGGAGAUGUUCCUCCUGGAUCUGCUGAAAAACCACUAAGCACGGCAAAACUGAAAGAAAUGAGUGGCAGUGACAUCUUUGCUGAUGGAAAAGCAGCAUCCAGAGAUUAUCUUGGUGGUGUCCGCAAGCCCCCUGGCGGUGAGAGCAGCAUUGCGUUAGUAUAAUAGUGCACCAAUCAAGCUGCAUGAUGAGAGGAUUCUUAUCCCUAUAUGAGUGCUUUGUUCUGACUGAUGACGUGCCUUUUAGGGUAAUGAAUCAGUGUAAUAUAGUUUUUAACCUUAGAUGGCCGAUUGAGUGCUUUCAAUCUUCUUCUGUCUCAA